UAUACAAAUUCCAAGCUACGACGCAAUCUUGUGAAUCUGUCAAGGCGCUCCUUGACAGAUUCGCCGACACAGAGAGCCAUGAAGCUUCCGAACGCCGGCUCCAUCUUCUUUCUGCUGUGCUUGAUCAACCUCCUAAACUACGUGGAUCGAGGCAUCAUCCCAGGCUCCCCGAUCCAAUUCCAGAGCUUCAUUACGACGUGCAUCAUGGGCAUCCCCGACAUGUCACUCGCACACGAAAACAUGUACCUCGGUUUGCUCGUGUCGGCCUUCAUCGCAGGUUACUCCAUCUUCAGCAUCCCAUUCGGCUACUGGGCGAUCCACUGCCGCCCAUUCCUUCUCAUCUCGGUGGGGCUGUCCAUUUGGAUCCUCGCCAUGCUGCUUUGUGGGCUGGCGGAACCUACGCACAGCCUCGGUCUUCUCUUCGCCGGUCGCGUCCUCAGUGGCAUCGGCGAAUCUUCCUUCCAGGCCAUUGUCCCUUCCUUCAUCGAAGACUUUGCGCCACCUUCGAAACGCACGUCGUGGCUCGGCAUCUUCUACUGUGGCAUCACGCUCGGCACCGCCGCCGGCUACUUUUACAGCGCGUUGUUCGCGACGUCAGCUCUUCGAUGGCCGUGGGCGUACUACACGGAAGGCCUGGCUAUGAUCCCCCUCGUGCUUUUGUGCAUGUUUUGCAUCCCAGCGAAAUUCGACCUCCCUAGCGGACACCAGCACAUGGAGCCGAUUUCGUUCGUCAAGGAGCUGGGCGGCAUCCUCCAGAAUCGGCUCUUCAUGAUCAUGUCGCUCGGGUCGUCUGCGUACGUGUUUAGCAUCUCGGGGCUGGCCGCAUUCGGUCCGUCGCUGCUGAUCGGGCUCGGCUUGUUCGAAGAAAGCUCGGCGGCGAUGGUCUUCGGCAGCAUCAUCGUCGUAGCGGGUACGAUCGGGACGCUGCUUGGCGGGUACCUGUUGGACCGUAGCUGCACCGGCGCCGACGACGAGCUGUUCCGCCUCGGCAUGGCCACGCGCCAAGCCGUGGCCUUCCUUGUCGUCGGCACCUCUGUCCUUCUCAUGUCGUGGGUAUGCCUGGACCAGGACCUGAACAUGGUGAGCAUGGUGCUGCUGGCGGUCGCCCUCACCUUCCUCUUUGGGUGCGUCCCCGCGUCCAUCGUGGCUCUUCUUCUGUCGGUGGAGAAGCGGAAGCGCGGCCUCGCGCUCGGCAUCAACACGAUGAUGUCGCACUUACUAGGCGACGUGCCAUCCCCCAUCGUCCUCGGCAUGUUCAAAGACUUCCAUGCGCCGCAGUGCCGCACCAUUCCGAAUGACGAGGUGCUGCAUCCAGACUGCGCGCACGACCGCCGUGGCCUCAAGCUGACGCUGCUGCUGCCGUAUGUAUGGCUCCUCUGGGCGAUUCUGCUGGCAGGCGUCGGCGUGUGUCUGGCUAACAAGCGAACCCCCCCCCCCGCCACCAUUCCCCAAGAUACAAAGCAAAGCCAGAGUGGGGGGACGUCGAAAGAGGACUGCUGGCCCGUGGAGGUUGUGAUGGCGUCGUCUGCGAUACUGUUGUAGUCGGCAUCGUUAUGCUGUAAAUUAAACUGAAGAUUUUGACUUUCUUUG